CCCGAGAGGAGGUGCACUUCAGGAGUCUGUCCCCUCUCGCCGUCCAGCAUGGACACUUUUUUCCGCCGUCACUUUAAGAGGAAGGAAGCUGCUCUGCAGGCGGAUGUCGAGGCCAAAUCCUGCCGCCAGCGGAGGCCCAGCGUGGCCGUCCCGACCAGCAAGGCCCGCCGGAGGUCCAGCGUGGGGCUGCCUUCCUCCACCCUGACAGAGCGGCGGCGCUCCAGCGUGCAUCUGCAGGGGGGUCUGCCUUGUGCAGGAGGGGGGCGUCUCGCAAAGACAGCCAGGCACAACAGGUGGGCGGGACACACCCGCAGGCGCUCCAGCACCACCACCCCCAACCUCAACCCGAGGUUCGCCGUGUGCAGGAAGAAGACGGGGAAGCUGCGCACCAUCGACACCCACCUGCUGGGGCCGUCCAUGCUGCUGGCCAGUCUGAUCCAGAUGGCUGAGGAGGACGAGGAAGACGGCAUGGGAGCGGGGCCGCCAGCCGGAGAACAGCAGGUGGAGGUGAGGGGCGGGGCCAACAGCAGGAGAAUAUUUUCACGAUCCAGCAGCCUCCACUCAGACGGAGACGACGGCAGCGAUUACUCCACUGCCAACGACAGCCAAUCAGAGGACAGUCAGCUGUCUGAGGUGGAGCAGCUGGGUGAGGAGGACAACAACACCUCCUGGUCUCCUGAUCUGCACUUCUCCCCCUCUCCCACACCCUCCUCCUCCUCCUCCGCCCUGGAGGGGAUGAGAAAAACUCCCCAACCUCCGCCAACAUCACGGCCCCUGAUCAGGGCCCCUCGCUGCCUCCGCAGGAACUCCUCUCAGGUUUUUACAGGAGACUCUGCUCCCUACAGCCGCCACCGUGCCUCCAGCCAGAGGAAGAGGAGAAGGAUCUCCACCAUCUCCAAGGCUGGGAGCCCCUGGCCAGGAAGAGGCCCCCCGCUGCCCAGCCGCAAGAGCUCAGUCUACUACCUCAACCCCCCAGCCUUCUACAGGGGCCCCGAGGCCCUCAGACCGCUGGGGCCCCACAGCUACGACUCCCGCCUGGAGGGCUGGAGUAACUUUCUGCUGAAAGCCAUUGCAAAGUCGGGCCUGCAGCACGUGGCGGCGCCCAACGUGUCGACGUCCGGACAGAUGGAGCAGCUGCAGGAGCCCAACAGCACCGUCGACUGGACCGACAACGCCCAGUUCGGGGACCACAUCUGGUUUGAGACCGGUGGGUCUGGAGACUUCUGCUAUGUCGGAGAACAGUACUGCAUCGCUAAAUCACUGCAAAAGUCUGUGGCGAGGAAGAAAUGUGCUGGAUGCAAGAUAUCAGUCCACACCAUGUGUAUGGAGCAGCUGGAGAAGAUUAAUUUCAGGUGCAAGCCGUCAUUUAGGGAACCGGGAUCUCGAGCCGUUCGAGAGUCCAACGUUGUGCGACACCACUGGGUCCACAGGAGACGUCAGACGGGGAAGUGUCGACAGUGUGGGAAGGGAUUUCAGCAGAAGUUUUCAUUUCACAGCAAAGAGAUUGUUGCCAUCAGCUGCUCGUGGUGCAAACAGGCGUAUCACAACAAGGUGACGUGCUUCAUGCUGCAGCAGAUAGAGGAGUGCUGCUCUCUGGGAGCUCAUGCUGCUGUCAUCAUCCCUCCUACCUGGAUCAUCAGGGUCCGCAGAACACAGACAUCUUUAAAGUCCAGUAAAAAGAAGAAGAGGACAUCGCUGAAAUGCAACAAGUCGAGCAAGAAGGGAGCAGAGCUCCAAGAUGGCCGCUGGAAGCCUUUCCUGGUGAAGCCGCUCCCCUCUCAGCUCAUGAAGCCUCUGCUGGUGUUUGUGAACCCAAAGAGUGGGGGCAACCAGGGAGCCAAGAUCAUCCAGUCUUUCAUGUGGUACCUGAACCCUCGGCAGGUGUUUGACCUGACGAAGGGGGGGCCCAGAGAGGGGUUGGAGCUUUACGCCAAAGUGCCCAACCUGAGGAUCCUGGCGUGUGGGGGAGACGGGACAGUGGGCUGGAUCCUGUCGGUGUUGGACCAGCUGAAGCUCCGCCCUCAGCCCCCCGUGGCCAUCCUUCCUCUGGGGACCGGCAACGACCUGGCCCGGACUCUGAACUGGGGAGGGGGUUACACAGAUGAGCCUAUAACAAAGAUCCUGUCGCACGUCGAGGACGGAAACAUCGUCCAGCUGGACCGAUGGAACCUGAACGUGGAGGCGAACCCCGAGGCCCGAGCGGAGGACCGGGACGAGCAACAGACAGACAAGCUUCCUAUCGACGUCUUCAACAACUACUUCAGUCUGGGCUUCGAUGCUCACGUCACGCUGGGCUUCCACGAAUCCAGAGAGGCGAAUCCAGAGAAGUUCAACAGCCGCUUCAGGAACAAGAUGUUCUAUGCAGGGACAGCCUUUUCAGAUUUCCUGAGCGGGAGUUCCAAAGACCUCGCCAAGCACAUCAAAGUGGUGUGUGACGGCACAGACCUGACAGCCAAAGUCCAGGAGAUGAAGCUGCUGUGUCUGCUCUUCCUCAACAUCCCCAGGUACUGCGCCGGCACCGUGCCGUGGGGUCACCCCAGUGAGCAUCAGGACUUUGAACCACAGCGCCAUGACGACGGCUGCAUCGAGGUCAUCGGCUUCACCAUGACGUCUCUGGCCACGCUGCAGGUGGGCGGUCACGGCGAGCGGCUCCAUCAGUGUAAAGAAGUGACCCUCACCACCUACAAGUCCAUCCCCAUGCAGGUGGAUGGAGAGCCCUGCAAACUGGCACCGUCCAUCAUCCACAUCAACCUGAGGAACCAGGCCAACAUGGUUCAGAAGGCCAAGAGGAGGAUCUCCAUGCCCCACCUCAACGAUCAGCAGCCCGUCCCUGAGAAGCUGCAGAUCAGAGUGAACCGGAUCAGCAUGGCGGCGUACGAGGCUCUGCACUACGACAAGGACCAGCUGAAGGAGGCCUCGACACCUCUGGGCGUGAUCACCGUCCCCGGAGACAGCGACCUGGAGACCUGCCGCCUGCUCAUCGAGAGUCUGCACGACAACCUGGACCAGGACUGCGAUGAGAUGAAGGAAGAGUGUCUGUCCUCACAGAAGUUGUCCAUGAAGUGGUGUUUCCUCGACUGUACGACCGCAGAUCGUUUCUACAGGAUCGACCGAGCUCAGGAGCACCUGAACUACGUGACGGAGAUCUCUCAGGAGGAGCUGUACAUCCUGGACCCGGAGCUGGUCGUCAAGGAGACGGUGGGGACCUCCCCCGGCAUGCCUGACCUGGUGGACUCUGAGGAGCACCAGGACCAGCAGAGACAGUUCGCCUUCCCCUGCUCCCCGUCGUCCCCGUCGUCCUCAACCACAGCGAGGGUGAGAGACUUUCAGAGGAAGAGGAUUUCCAGUGACAGUUCAGUGGCUGAUGCUUUGUCCCAGAGCUCCUCUAAGACUGCUCUCUGCAGAAGAGGGGCAAAGAUUCUCAAUGUCCACCGGUCCAACACCACCCUGGCUGAUUUCAGGCCCAUCAUUAGUCCUUCCAGUGCUACCUCACACGACCCUGACAAAGAUGCAGAGUUGAUCGACUGCAUCAAGACUGAAGACCUGAACAGACUGAUGGAGCUCCACCAGCAGGGGGCAGACAUCCUGCUGCAGGACGCCGCCGGCUGCACGCUGCUGCAUCACGCUGUGGAGGCCGGCAGCAAAGAGGUCCUCAAGUACCUCAUCGACAACGUGCCGACGUCUCACCUGGACAUCACAGAGAGAGAGACAGGCGAGACGGCGCUCCAUAAAGCCGCCUCCUCCUGUCAGAGGAGCAUCUGCCACUACCUGGUGGAGGCCGGGGCAUCGCUCAUGAAGACUGACCUGCAGGGUGAGACCCCCAAACAGCGCGCUGAGAAGGCCAGCGACCAGGAACUGGCCGAGUACCUGGAGAACCGGCAACAUUACCAGAUGAUCCAGAGAGAAGACCAGGAGACGGCGGUCUGAAGUCCACCCUGUCUGUCCGAAGCGUCUGUCCGUCUGUAGGUCUCACAUUUGUUUCCUCCUUCCUCCCCGUCCAUCUACAGCCAGGGUCAAAGGAGAAGAGUCCGCAGACCGCAGACACACAUGAGCCUGGAUCAUCCUGAAUUUGUUGCUUCGUCACGGAUGCUUUUGGUUCGUCGACGGCUGAAAACGCCUCCGUCCUCCGGCGGGGUCCAAACUAAAGAACAUAAAAACCUCUGGACACUAAAGUGGAUUCAAACUGGUCUCACACAGACCUUCAGAUCUCCUCCAAACUGCGUUUUGAAUGUGGCUUUUAUGAAGUGAACGUCGGCGCUCUGAGCUGUGUGUCGAACGAUGAAGACGUGCGUACAGAAAGAGAAACAACAGCCGCUUUGACCGAACAGUGAGCGUAUUCAUCCGUCUGCAGCUGAACGCUUUUCGCCAUAUCAGAUAAAACGGCUGCGAAAACGUGUCUUCGUCCGAGCUUGUGGUGACUUUUUGAUGUGUUCGUUUACUCGACAGAAGCAAGUGUUCGUUCAAACUUUGGAUAUUUAACGUAGACACAGAUGAAUUUAGAUAUUUAUGAUUUCUCUGUAGAGAUAAAACACAUUUUGCUUGUGAUCAAACACAGUGAAGCGAGUCGUCGGCCGCUUCGGUCCGAGUUUUAGAUAUUUCAGAUUUUUUUGUAACCUUCUGUCUGUUACAUAACUGUAAAGGCUGCGAGCAGGACGCUUUCGUUGUGAUGUGUAUCUGCUGUGUAACUCGUCAGUGUUGGACAUUUGAAGCUGAAGCCAGAUUCUGCCGAAGCGGUCGAGUCUGUAUUAAUGCUAAUUCCCUGACAGCCAGGAUGACGUUAAACUGUACGAUGCUGGAGUGAUAACUGUUUGCUUUGGUUUUAUCAUUUCUGAGUGACCUGCAAUAAAGCAUGUCAGCUGCA